AUGGCGUUCGGCGGCGGCUGGCUGGUGCAGUGCCGCGGGCGCGCGGGCGGCGCGCGCGCGUGGCGCGGCGUGCAGGCGCGCGCGCCCGGCGCCAGCCUGCGCGUGCUGCACCAGCACACGCUGCACUUCCUCGUGCCCGCCACCGUCACCGUUGACAACAAGGAGAUCCGCACUCGUCUAAGCGACGUGUUCCGGCUGAUGGCGGAGCUGCAGAGCACGUGUGACAUCGAGGACUACACCAUCAACCAGAGCUCUCUCGAACAGAUGUUCCUAAGCUUCACUGACAAGGCGGAGGUCCCCACCGACACAGUGGACGUGGAGCCACUCCCCGCCCUCCGCCCCCCGGACUCACUCCGCAGCUACGAAGACCUGGACACCGUCACCUCACUGUAGCACACAUAGUAGUCACAAGGGCCCCAAUAUAAAUAUUCACAAUGGCCGAAGAAUUAAUGAAAAUUGGAUUAAAUUUGAAAUGGAUUUCUAAUUAUUGAUACUAUUGGUUUACUUUUUGCCAACAAAAUAGCACUUAGAAAUCCGUUGCAUUGAAAGCAAGUGUUCCGCCCCGUAUUGAUUUUCCGUUCAAAUUUGACAGUGGAAUAAAGUGCAAUGUCCAUUAAAUCAUUGGCCAUUGUAAAUAAGGGAAUUUGGGCACCGACAGGGGCUUGCACACCUGCCACUGCCUCACUUGACGUGGUCGAAUAGACCUUAUAGACACCAUUGCUAUAGUGUAUGUAUGUUUGCACGAAGUGACGUCAUACUACAAGUAUAUCUUUCCCUGUAAAUCUUUUGUAAAUGAUAAUAUAAUGAUUUGUAAAUCGUAUGGGAAUAGUGUAUUCGUGCGAAAGUGAAUGACUAUUGUUAGAAUAGAAUACGAAUUUAUAUGAAAUAAUGCCACUGGUUGGUAUUUAACCCUUUAACUAGGGGACUUAUCGCCAGGUUUAAUGUAAAAGUUGUGAAAGAGAGACACCGCACUUAAAUAUAUUGUGCUAUCUCACUUCUACGAUUAUAACAGUCUUACUUGGUGACAUGGUGGUAGGUUCCUUGGACACUUACAAGAUAUUGACAUAAUUUCAACAAAUAACGCGUGAUCUAAUACCACAGUAUUAUAACCAAAUACUAAACGUUAGACAUAUUUGGUAGACUUAUUAAUCUCUACUUAAUUAACUUUAUCAUGACAUCUGAAGAAUCUCAAUUAAAUCUGUAACAGUUUUGCUGAAAGCCAGACCGGAUGCAACAACGGUAAUUUACUUAGUGACGUUUGAGCAUGUAUAGUUGUCUCUAUGUUUCAUUUGAGAGUGACAAAGACAGCAUGACAUGUAACAGAGAUAAUUUGCUUAGUCGUACUAGAAUACGACCUCAAGACUCUGAAUUAACAUAAUGCAAACUAAUUUGUGACGGUACUUAAAAAAAGUUGAACAAUCUUGGUGUAUCUUUUUAUACAAUCAUUGUUUUUGUAAAAUGUAUUUUAAUGGCGUUAAAUUUUUAUACAAAAUGCCCUAAGAUUGCUUGCCCCAAGAUUGUUUACCUUAACAAUUGAAGUGCAAGUAUUUAUUACCACAUAUUUUGCUCAAUGUAAGUUAAUACUAGAUAUAGAUCAGAGCCUAUUUUAGGUUAACUAAGCUUCUAAAUGCGGUAACUGUACUUUUAAUCAGUUGUCAUUAAACCAGAGUAAAAAAUGUCUCAAAUCGAAUCGAAUUUUAAGUAACACAGGACCUUUUGAAACGUUAGUAUUAAUGACUAUUUGGGCUUUUCUAGAAUGUCAUUUUUAUAAAGAAGAAUCCGGCAAGGAGUUCCACAACAUUUGGACUCGCUUGUCAACUUUCUUUUUCCCCAUUUCUCAUGUUUUUGCGUACUUGAACAUUUGCAAUACAAAAUCGAUUUCUUGCUCGUAACUCAAACUCAUCGUUUAUACUUGACUUGUUUGUAAGGUAUGACAAGGAAUUAGUUUAAAUGACGUUUGAUAAAACCUUAUAUCGCUUCAAACCGUACUAACAGACACGAAACUCUGUAUAUAAUGUUUGAUUACAGACUUUAAGGCCUUUUUCAAUAUUUUAUCACUAGAGAUUAGUAAUUACUAGAGAUUAUGACAUAUUUUGGAUGGAGAUAGACGCAAUUCUCCCAAAAUCUAAAAUCAUUUAUUUAAACUAGGCCACUAAGUAGCACUUUUGAGGUUUUUAAUACAAAAGACAGCAUAAAAAUUCGCUCACUCUUUAUCGAUUCAUAACUGCUCUUGUUGUGGAAGAAACAACUGCUAAACAAACUCCCCAGCAGCAUUCUGUCAUUCCGUCAUCUCAAAUAAAUAGGUAGACAGAAUAUUGAAAAUGGCCACUUAUCGGUAUAUUGUGACAUAUUCAGGGCAGCCAUUUUGACAAACUAAGUUAUUUUAGACGAGUUGGCAAGGUUAGAUAAAAUAUAUUUUGUUAGUAAAUUGUAUUAUAUUAGCUCAAAGAGUAAAAUACAGAUUAUAUUUAAUUAU